GUGGCCACGAUGGCCACGUCGUCGGAGGAGGUGCUGCUGAUAGUGAAGAAGGUCCGUCAGAAGAAGCAGGAUGGGGCUCUCUACCUGAUGGCUGAAAGGAUUGCAUGGGCACCCGAGGGCAAGGACCGGUUCACAGUCAGCCAUAUGUAUGCAGACAUAAAGUGCCAGAAAAUCAGUCCAGAAGGUAAAGCUAAAAUUCAGCUUCAGCUAGUAUUGCAUGCAGGGGACACAACCAACUUUCACUUCUCCAAUGAGAGCACAGCAGUGAAGGAGCGGGAUGCAGUAAAGGAUCUUCUUCAACAACUGUUGCCCAAGUUCAAGAGGAAAGCCAAUAAAGAGCUUGAGGAGAAGAACAGAAUGCUGCAAGAAGAUCCUGUUCUGUUUCAGCUCUAUAAAGACCUUGUUGUGAGCCAUGUAAUCAGUGCUGAAGAAUUCUGGGCCAACCGUUUAAGCCUGAAUGCAGGGGAUAAUUCUGCAGCACCUAGUAAGCAGGACGUGGGCAUCUCUGCAGCAUUUCUGGCUGAUGUACGACCUCAAACAGAUGGAUGCAAUGGUCUGAGGUAUAAUUUGACUUCAGAUAUCAUCGAAUCCAUAUUUCGAACAUAUCCUGCAGUGAAAAUGAAGUACACAGAAAAUGUUCCCCAUAACAUGACGGAGAAGGAAUUCUGGACGCGGUUUUUUCAGUCUCAUUAUUUCCAUCGGGACAGGCUCAAUACAGGCUCAAAAGACCUCUUUGCAGAAUGUGCCAAACUGGAUGAAAAAGGGUUAAAAGCAAUGGUGUCUCAAGGAGUGAAAAAUCCCCUGUUAGAUUUAACAGCUUUGGAAGAUAAAUCAUUAGAUGAAGGCUAUGGCAUUGCUUCUGUGGCCUCUACAUCAAAUGCUUCCAAGUCUGCUCGGGAGAGUAGCAACGCUGCCAUUAUAAAGCGCUUUAACCAUCACAGUGCCAUGGUCCUUGCAGCUGGCCUCAGGAAACAAGAAGCACAAAAUGACCAUUACAGUGAGACCAGCAGUACGGAUGGAAACUCCAGGGAUUCAGAUUUCUUUCAGCCACCAUUGAAAAAGGUGAAACUGCAGGAGGCCAUUGAAUAUGACGAUUUAAAAAAGAAUACUACCAUUAAAACUGUUGCACUAAACUUAAAGAAGCCUGAUAGGUAUUAUCAUGGUCCAACUCCAAUUCAAUCACAGCAAUAUGCAAGCAGUCAGGAUAUAAUUAAUUCUUUUAAUAGUAUUAGGCAAGAAAUGGAAGCAUAUGUACCCAAACUAACUCAGGUUCUUUCAAGUAGUGAUGCUGCUAGCACUAUUGCAGUCCUGUCACCUGGAGGAGCACUCAUGCAGGGUGGAACACAGCCAGCCAUAACCCAGAUGGUGCCAAAUGACAUUCAGUGUGAACUAAAACACUUGUAUGUGGCAGUAGGGGAACUGCUGCGACACUUCUGGUCCUGCUUUCCUGUUAACACGCCAUUCCUAGAGGAAAAGGUUGUGAGAAUGAGGAGCAACUUGGAAAGAUUUCAGGUUACGAAGCUCUGCCCAUUCCAAGAAAAGAUUCAGAAACAGUAUUUAAGCACAAAUUUGGUAAGUCAUAUAGAAGAGAUGCUGCAGGCAGCCUACAGUAAGUUCCACACGUGGCAGUCCCGGCGCAUGCUGAAGAAGACGUGAGCGCGCGUGCCCUGCGGUCUGAGCCAGUCUGCAGGAGGGAGAGGAGGACACCUAGCACACGUGCAGAGCUUAGAGUGGCUGCAGGGAGGCCUGCGAGCUGUGGACUUCUGGAAAUGAUGCUAACUGAACUUGCACAUUUUUGAAUAAGAACUGAGAUUAAACUUGAAAACUAGGGAGAAAAACAAGGAAGAACCAAAACAGAAGAGCUGAGGCGCAAAAAUAUUUAAAAGACACUGUUUACUGCAGUUACUCAGGAACUGCUUUUGAUUUGCAUAAAGAGCUGCUUUCAGAAAUAAAAAUCUUAAGAGGGUGUAUUAAUAAAA